GCAAAAGGAUGGCUCCUUCAAUGAGGCUGCAAUAUCCUUGUUUAUUAAGUGGCACAGACAAGCAGAAAGGAAACAGCAGUGAGUUAAAAGAGCAUGAAGAGCAGAUGGAAAACCCUCUGCAUUUUGGAGAAAAAAGUCUAUGCAGGUUGAACUCUGUUUUCAUUCUUUGGAUCUCAAUCACACUCAUGUGCUCGGGUUACCCAGUUGUCCCUUCCAUGAGCAGCAAUCCUAUUUACUCGAAUUGCCAGCUGUAUGGGAAAUCUGAUUACUGCCUCCUGCUGCUGCACAACUGCUUAGCCAAGGUGGGCAGGAGUGAAGAGCUGCCUUCUUUAAAGCCGUACCUGGAGAUGCCUUUCACCAAGAGAUCCUUUCGCAACGGUGUUGGGUCAGGAAUUAAAAAAACUUCCUUUCGAAGAGCAAAGUCGUAAGCAAAUGUCCCAAACCACACUCCCACUUUUAGCAGCUGAUGUUUAGCUGUGUGCUGGAAAUGAUUUUAAUGAUUAAAACCCCGGCAAAGACUAA